AUGGAUAUCCUGGGUUCUGUGGUUGGCUUUGGUGUCCUGGCAUUGGAGGCCAUCGUUGGCUUGUGUUGUAAUGCCUUUGUCAUAUUGUCUCUCACAUUUUCUGGAUUUAAAGGGACAAAUAGAGCUCCGUGCAACUACAUCCUUAUCGCCUUGAAUGUUUCCACCAUGUUCUACACAAUUUCACUGUCUGUAAACCUUCUGAUAAACAUGUUUUGGCCAUCAUUCAAUGCAAUUUUCAUCACAAGUGUUUUAAACUAUUUGAAUUUUAUCAGCAUCACCUCCGGCUCCUGGCUCACCGCUGUUCUGUGCUUCUUCUAUUAUAUAAAAAUCCUUCAGUUCCAGUCCAGAUUCCUCUCAUGGAUGAAGAUGAAGAUUGACAGAAUGAUACCUUGGUUCAUAUUAAUUGUGGAAAUCGUUUGUCUGUUGGAGAGUUUCACAGCAUCUUAUAUUUUCAAUCAGGACUUACCCAAAAACUCAACCAUCGCUGCCACCGAGGUGACCUCAGAAUAUCAAAAACUGAGACUGAAAUUCAUGAUUGUUGUCCUAGCAGUGACUGCCCCGCCAAUUCUGAUUGCUAUAAUGGCAACAGCUGCCAGUGCCGUGUCUCUGAAGCUCCACAGUCAUCGUAUGGAAGCCAACACGGGUCACACAAAUGGUAAAGACUACCAAAGUGCAGUUCAGACCAUGGCUUGUCUCGUAGUUUUCUAUGCCUUGAUUGGCCUUGCCAUGAUUUUACUUGGGCAGGACAUAUUUGCAGAUAAAACCUUGGCAUACUGGAUAUGUUUGGUGAUACUUUUUUCUUUUUCAAUGGUCCAAUCUGGGCUCCUUAUUAAUGGAAAUCCCAAACUCAAAGAAGCUUGGAGAAAAAUGUUCAUCUUUUUAUAA